AUGGCGGCCGCCCUGGGAGGAGGAGCAGAUGAUGACUUUGAUCAGUUUGAUAAGCCUGGUGCGGAAAGGUCGUGGAGAAGAAGAGCUGGAGAUGACGACUGGGACAGCGAACUUGAUGACGACUUGCUCGGGGAGGAUUUGCUAACUGGCAAGAAGAAUCAAUCAGACUUAUCUGAUGAAGAACUGAAUGAUGAUCUUCUGCAAAGUGACAAUGAAGAGGAACCAGAUUUUGGUUCUCAAGCUGUCACCAUUAGCCUCAACACCACAUCUGGCCUGCUUACGUCCUACGAGCUCUCGGAGACCAUGAACGAUCGAUCCAUCGAACACGAGUCCGAAUAUGACCAAGGAGAAGGUGAACUGGUGUAUGGCAAAUCAGAAGCACCUGGAGUUUAUGCUUCAGAGUAUGCAGAGGAGGGACAUUAUGAAGGCAACGAUCCUGAACUGUCAGAAGACCAAAUAGAAUAUGGGGAAGAGCCUGGAGAAGAAGAUGAAGUGCUAGACCUUGAAAUCAAUGAACCUCUAGAUGAAUUUCCAGAUGAAGAUUACAUGCAGUCAUAUAAUGAGCAAGCAAUGGAGGAGCAAGAAGAUUAUCCAGCUGAUGAGGAACUAGAAGAUUCCCAGGCAAUGGCAAAUGAAUCAGAAGAGGCAGCUAUUGAAUCCCUGGAGCUUCAGGAAGAGACUAAAGAAGAAUCUGAUGAAGAGGAGGAUGACGAUGAAGAGUCUGGACGACUACGUUUCAAAACGGAGCGGAAAGAAGGAACAAUAAUUAGGCUAUCAGACGUGACAAGAGAGAGGAGAAACAUUCCAGAAACUUUGGAGCUCUCCGCGGAGGCCAAAGCGGCGCUGCUGGAGUUUGAAGAGAGGGAGAGGCAGCUCAAGCAGGGCCGCUACGGCUCGAGGAGAGGAGGGCGCCGGGGAGGCUCCGUCCUGUGCCACGGCCUGGGCGACCAGCGGCGCGACAACGGCGACAGGGCGCGCAUGAAGGAGCACCGGCCCGCGCUGCUGCCCAGCCAGCCCGCCCCCAUGACUCAUUCACAGAGGUUAAUUCCACCACACCAGCAACCUGUUAGGAGUCUGUUCCAGCAGCAGCAGCAGCAACCGCAGCAGCAGCAGCAACAGCCGCAACAACAGCAACAGCAGCAGCAGCAGCAACAGCAGCAACAGCAACAGUUACAAUCUCUGCUUCCUUUACAGCAUCAGCAUCAUUCUUCCCCUCCUCCAGGGCUACACAUGCCCCCUCAGAUAGAAACCCCUAGAAUAAUGAUGACUCCACCGCCAGUGACACCUCAGCAACCGAAGAACAUACAUAUAAACCCACAUUUCAAGGGGACAGUAGUGACGCCUGUACAAGUGCCCUUGCUGCCAGUUCCAGCCCAGCCAAGACCUGCCGUCGGACCCCAGAGAUUUCCCGGCCCGCCCGACUUCCAGCAGCACCCGCCGGGCCCCGUGGCCAGCAGCUUCUCGCCCGCGCCGCGGCUGCCCAUGCAGGAGCAGUGGCGGGGCCCCCCGCCGCCGCUGCCGCCGCCACCGCCGCCCCCGCAGGACCGCGACCCCUUCUUCCUGGGAGAUCCCCGCUUCCCCGGGCACCCCCUGUUCGAGCAGCGCAGCCCCCCGCCGCCGCCGCCCCCGCCGCUGCUCAACAGCGCCCACCCGGUGCCCACGCAGAGCCCCAUGCCCUUCGCGCAGCCCGGCCCGGCCUUCAGCCAGCAAGGGCAGCAGCCCGUGUUCCCGCGGGAGCGGCCCGUGCGGCCCAACCUGCAGCCCCAGGGCCCCGUGGGCAUCCUGCACUUCAACCAGCCGGGCUCGGCCGCCCCGCGCCCCUUCAUGCCGCCGCGGCAGCAGUUCCUGCAGGCGCCCACGCAGCCCUUCCUGGCAGCCCACGCGCAGCCCAACAUGCAGGGCCCCUUGCACCCUCCUCUGCAGCCGCAGCCCCAGCCGCAGCCCCAGCAGCACCAUCACCAGCAGCAGCAGCAGCACCAUCACCAGCAGCAGCAGCAGCACCACCACCACCUGCAGGGCCCCCCGCAGCCCUUGAUGCCCAUGAACCAGCCCCAGUUCCGGCCCCACAUGCCAGCCGCCCAGCAGCAGCCCAACAACAACCGCAUGCAGUGCCAGCAGCGGCAGGGGCCCAUGAAGCCCAGGCACAACACCCCCUCCCAGAAUAUUGUCAAGCGUUCAAAUCAGCAGCUACAAACAACUGCUCCAAGGAACAGCAACUUGCGUGAGUUGCCCAUAGCCCCGUCGCACGCCAUGGAAAUGAACAACAACAGGCGGACUUCUACUCCAGCUGCUCAGGUCAAGCCCAUCACCAGCACCAUGUCCUCCACCAAGGCUGUAGCUGGCUUUGGAAACUCGCAGGGAAGGCCUGAGAUGAAGGCUAAAGCAAUCACACCAGUGGGCCAAGCGAAAUCAGAAGUAAAAUCUGAGCCAGAGUACCCGGAUGAAGAUGAGGAAACGCGGCUGUACCGCCUGAAGAUAGAGGAGCAGAAGCGGCUGCGGGAGGAGAUCCUCAAGCAGAAGGAGCUGCGGCGGCAGCAGCAGGCGGGCGCCAGGAAGCGGGAGCUGCUCGAGCGCCUGGCGCAGCAGCAGCAGCAGCCGCCGGCGCCGCCGCCCUACGGGCAGCACGAGGACGAGCCCUGCGACUUCCCCGCCAACGGCAGCCCGUACGGACCCCACUCGGGCCUCCAGGCCAGGCCCAACGUCAAAAACAGACUGCUGGUUAAGAAGCAGGAUAUGGUGGCUCCGCACAGCUUCCAGCAACCCAAGCCCCCUGAUUUCCCCCAGGUUGGCACAAACAUGCAGUACCAAGGACACCAAAUGAAGCCGGUGAAGCAGCUGAGGCAGACGAGGACGCUCCCGCCGAGCGCCCCGCCGGCGUCGCCCAAGGCCCCGCAGGCCAAGCCGGCCGCGGCGGCCGCGCUGCCCGCGACGGCGCCGUCCCCGCGCGCGCCCUCGGGCCCGGCCCGGCCCCAGGAGCUCAAGCCCGGCGUGAAAAGGACUGUGAUGCAGCGCGCCAACAGCGCGGCCGGAGACGGGCCCCACGUCGGCAGCAAGGUCAGGGUGAUUAAGUUGUCAGGAGGGGUCAUUAUGCACGGGAGAGGCAGAGGAGUAGCAGGCCAGAUGGGCCGAGGACGCUUGAUGCCAAAUAAACAGAACCUGCGAGUGGUGGAGUGCAAACCUCAGCCCUGCAUCGUGUCAGUUGAAGGGCUUUCUUCAUCAACUACUGAUGUCCAACUGAAAAACCUGCUGAUGUCAGUGGGACCCAUUCAGAGUUUACAGAUGCUUCCUCAACAACGGAAAGCCAUAGCAAAAUUUAAGGAGCCAGCACACGCUUUAGCAUUUCAGCAGAAAUUCCACAGGCACAUGAUAGAUCUGUCGCACAUAAACGUGGCGCUGAUAGUUGAGUGAGGUCCUGCUCGGAGAAGCCCUGGCCCACACAGGAGCGUUGUGGGGCGCGCGUGAGACGCGGUGACGAGACCACCAGGCCCUGAACCCUUUCAGCCCUGCAGUCUUUGCAUUGCUGUUGAGCUACAGAGAACAGCAAGAUGCCCUCAAGGAGAGCUGGACUUAAGAUCUCCUCCGGAGGUGGAAUUUCUGUUCCGUCUGUUCAUGUUCUGUUGUAACCACAUGGAACUACAGAUUUUUUUUUCCCCAAAUGCUUACAAUGCAUGUAGACACUGUUCUUGGAGAUACUUCUGUGUGACCACAGUGACUUGAGAGAGAACGUUUACACCGAAAGAUUUAAAAACUUUCUUCAUAGCAAAGAAUAUUUGAUAAUGGUUGCUCUUAUCUUCAGUGUGAGGUAUUUAAAUGAAAACUCACUUUUUCUAAACAGAACUAGCUAUGUUGUGCAUCUGAGCAUAUAGAAGGGAUCCGUGCAUAGACUUAAACACUGUCUACUUCACUGAAUAACAGAAUGCUGAGAAGCUUUGGAGGUGACACUGGAGAACUGUAGUUUCUAUCUCUGUAAAUAUGCCAAGUCUGUCUUUGCAUUUGCUAUUCCAACACAGACUUUCAUCUUCUCCUUCCAACUCCACUUGCUCCGUGAGACUUUGCAUAGGAAUGGCAUUGCUGUGUUUUCCCUUGGUUUUUAAAAACAAGGAUCUUUGCCCUUGAGUAGCAUCGUGGUGUAGUUAACUCCGAGUGGUAACUGAGUUGCUUUAAAGGGCAUUGCCAGAUAGAAGGAAAAAGAAAUAUUUAGUGGCUCACUUGAAAAACGUUACCCAGGAAGAGUGGUGUGUGCCUAGUAGUUGUUAUGCACUAGUGUUUCACAAUCGCCAUACACUUUAAUUUGAUUAGUUGGGGUUUUUUUGACUUGAGAUUUAAUUUGCGACUAAUGCUGAACCGUAAGAAACCCCUCACUGCAAAGGUUUGCUUUGAUGUGGUGUUCCCAAUAAAAACAGGAUUCCAAGAACUUUGCCAGUCUGCUGUUGAAUGUGGCAGUUCCCCCCAAAAUUAUGUACAAACAUUAAGAUUACAUUUUAUUCAAAGCAAAAUCCGUAGUAUUUCCUUUUGGUUAGAACCAUUUAGAUGGUAUUGCCAAAGGAAUAACUUUUUUCAGUUAUUUUUGAAUAAACUUGCUAAAAUGUCAUCUCUCGGAUUGCAGUUUUUACGAAUGUAUUCCCAUAGUUUUUAGCCUGGGAGCUUUUGCUUGAUCCUUUCUUUUAGGGAAUACUGUUAAGCUCUCUACUGUUGGAGUGGAGGAACUUGCAGAGCCUCUGUAGCCUUGUUACAUGAGUAACCACAGGAGAGCACUAUUGGUUUGUCAUAAAACAGCAGGGACUGAGGUCCAAAAUAGGUGUGCUAAGCCUAGCAGGAUAAACUAAGCAAGCUCAUAGUAGCAUAGAUCUUUUUUAUGAAGGUCUAUUGGUAACCAAGUCCCCAAGACCUCCUAAUUGGCUUUCCUACAGCUUAAUUAAGUAGAAGUUAUUAAAUUUAACAAUUGAAUAAUAAAAAUUGUCAGGAAUCUUCUAGAUAAAUUGUUUUUUCACGGAAAUAAUAUGGAAUAAUUUGGUACUCUGAAAAUACUACACUAGCCAAAAAAAAAAAAAAAUAAAGAGUUUUUCUAAACUCGUUUUCAACAUAGCCAGUGACAUCAUGAGGAUUUUCCCAUGGAAGUGAGCUCUAGAUCUGUCUGCCUGCUUCCAUAUUAUGCAUAAUAUUCAUAUUAUGUGUUCUGCAUGAUUACAGUGUCCCGCUCGGGCUAGUCCUAAGCUCA